AUGGGCACCCUCGGUCGGGGUUUUUGCUCCCUUGUUCUUCUGUCCUUGGUCGCCAAUUCCCGUGGUCGGGGUCUCGCCGAACCAGCUGCGUUAACACCGAGCAUCCAGGGGCACGAAAACAUUGAAGCCAACUUGGUCAAAACAAUCUCCGAGGCUCAGAAAGACACCAAGAAGUGGACUCUCAAGGCUGGACAGGUCGUAACCCUCGAGAAGGCUCAAAAUGUGAAAAGGGAGGCUCAGAAAGCAGUUGACAAGGCUAGCGAAGCCAUGAAAGAACUAGCAAGAUUAAGCGCCAACGGGUCCAUCCAAGAUCCGCAGUUAUUUGACGAAGGACGGUUCAGAUAUGAUAAAGUAUUUGUCAACAGGAUUGGUGCAGUUAUGGUCAGCUACUCGACCUUGAUCAAGGCCUAUGGAAAAGACAUAGAGCAGGAUAAGCGGCAACUCGACGACCUCCACAAUACUAUUGACGGUCCGACGGCAUAUCCUGAUGCUAUAAAAUCAGCCGUUGCCAAACUCGGAAUACAAGUUGUAUCCGCGCUCGAAUUCGUGACGACCAUGCAGCAAUUGGUCACAGAAGAGCCCGAUUUAUACUGGCGCGGCGGGAUGGAGACUGAGCAAGAAACGAAGAACCGAAGCCAGAAUGUCUUAGCGGAGGGAGUGAGAGUAGUGCAGCUCGUAUACAGCGAUACGAAUCAGCAGAUGAAUACCCUUUUGAAUGGCAUGGUCGAAAUCUGGAUCCUCCUACAUCAAAUGGUAUCAAAAAGGCCCGACGAUCAAGGAGAGCCGGACGCAGCCAAGGAGACAGAAUUGCAGGCCGUGGAUAACGAAGUCAGCCUCCUAGCUGCGACGAGAGACGCGCUAUGGGAGCUGACGCCUGUAGCUCCCAUGAAAGAAGUCCAGGACAAGAUUUCGAGGGGUGAUACUGUUGAUUCAUGGGGAUGGUUAGGGGUGGUCACUGAACUUGGUUGGGGAGUCUUCUCGGGGUUGGCUGGGAUUACGGUUUCUGUGACGGGGUCCGGCCUGGGUGCUCCGGCCGGGUCGGCCUCUGGGCUGGGCGUCUCUGCAGCCGAGGUAUUGAAAGCUGGACGAACGGGAUCCAAAGUGGCUGAGCUAACGAGGAAGAUUCGCCGGGUCAUUGAGAAACAAAACAAAAUAUGUGGGAAACUCGACACCUUGACGGGUAUCGAGCAGCUCGCCACGGAUAUCGAAGCUAUAAUGAACCGGAUCACGAUGGGCUUGAAGGAUUCAAAUAGACCUCAGGGCGUCCCAGGGGCUGGUGGUGCCUCUGACCAAGGAGAGCAUGAUGGUGGCACCUACAAGCAAGGAGCAAAGGCCAACGGUUUCCGCGAGCAAGGAGCGACUGCCGGCGGCUCCCCUGAGCAAGGAUCAAAGAUCAACAGUUCUGUAACGGGCAAGCCGCUUUAA